GCAAAUUUUAGUCAUCUUACGGAUCAAAUAUAGGAUUCCCCAUCACCACCACUAUCACGCCUGUCAGUGCGUUGCGUUGUUUUGUUUGGUAGUUCACUUCUUGCUCCGUGGGUGUCCGUGUUUUGUCGGAAGCUGUGUACUGAUCGCUUUGUUGUUCCAAGUUCUGCCGGGCCUCUCCAUUUGCGCGCCAUGUGAAAAGAAAAGCGCAUAGGGGCUCAAGCUCGUGCGGCUCGUGCAUGCGCGCGGCAGUGGUGGUGAUUGCGUCUGUCGCGCGCUCUAAAGUGGGCACCUCUAGCGGGUGCCCCUUUUUCUGUAAGCUGUGCUGCACCGGAGCACUGUGACCACUGUGACCUUGCACGGCGCUCAACGAUCAGCAGCAAGCUCCCGUUAUGUUGUUUUUCGGCGAUCGUGAUUCCAACUAAUUUGCACGGCAAGUGCUGGAAGCAGCGCAACACCACAGCAGGGCGUCCCAAUAUGGGUCGUUGUCAUCUGGUGUGGCAGUCUUUUGAUGGGGGAAGUGAACCAGGAGCUGCAUGGCCUCGGUUGGAGCUCCCAUGCGGCUACUCCCAAUCUGAGCCAGGCGCAGCUGUCUGGUGGCCAAAAUGAGCUAGACCAUGGCCAUCUGGCUGUUGCUGCCCAGCGGGGCCGGGUCACUGCUGGUGCCACUGCUGCUGGCAUGUUGCUUGCCAGGCCCAGUGGUUGCCAAGCCAUCAGACACUUGCAACCGUCAUCGCAAGAUUCUUACUGCUCCCUGGGGCAUCAUCACUGAUGGCAAUGACAGCUACCGUAACGACUCUCAUUGCGAGUGGCUCAUUAGAGCUAACUCCAGCAAGCUGUACAUCACAUUGCGUUUUCUUGAAAUGGCUACGGAAUGUGCCUAUGAUCAUGUGUUUGUCUAUGAUGGCGACUCCUAUACCAGCCCAUUGUUAGGAACCUUCAGUGGUGAGUCCAUCCCACCACCUGUGACAGCAACAUCAGGAUCUAUGCUGAUUCUUCUCUACAGUGACACCAACUAUGUCCUCAAGGGGUUUGUGGCUGAGUACUCCAUCACACAGUGUCCAUCCAACUGUAGUGGCCAUGGCAGUUGUGGUCGUGACUCAUGCGUGUGUGACCUUGCGUGGGCAGGCCCUGACUGUGGUACACCUGUCUGCCCUAGCUCCUGCCAUGUUGAACAAGGCCAGGGCAACUGCAGCUUUCCUUGUGCCACAACAAGCUCACCAGGAUUAGCUGAGACUCCGCACUGCUGCCGCUGUUCCCAUGGUUUUGCUGGAAUUUCUUGCAGCUUGCCUGAAAACCCGAAUGAUUCUGCUGCUGGUUGGCACCUUCUCUCGAGGGGCAGCGUCCCAUUUGCUGCCCGUGCAGGACAUGCAGGUGUCUAUUUGCCUUUCACGGAUCAGCUCUUUGUAUUUGGGGGCCGGGCGUUUGGACGUGUACUGGGAGACUUUCUCGUGUACAACUUCAACGAAAGUGCAUGGCAUGAUCUGACUGUCGUGAAGCCACGACCUGCUGCCCGCUGGGGUCACGCCAUGGCUCCUUAUGCCCACACUAUUGCUCUUCAUGGUGGUGAGCUUGCAAAUGGAAGCCUUUCAUCCGAGUUGUGGCUCUAUAAUGUUGCCAAAAGGGAGUGGACACUUGAGUUGCCUUCGCCUGCUGGUCACUACCCACCGGCUGUUGCAUUGCACACGUUGACUCCUGGCGACGGAAACCACCUGUAUGUCUUUGGUGGUAGGACAUCAGGGGGUGUGUUCUCGGACGCGCUUUAUCGAGUGAAUCCACGAAAUGGUACCCAGUGGGAGCGUGUAAGUUAUGUAGGUUCUGUGCCUCCUUCAGUUGGCCAUGCUGCAGUGUUUCAUACAGAGUCACGUUCUCUGCUGGUGCAUGGUGGUGUGGUGGUGGACUAUGCACGCUUCAGCAAGCUGAGCUCAGCAUUGUGGGCAUUUCAUGUGGAUGCCAACCGAUGGACACGCCUUCAACGAACCCCUCAUGGUGGAGAGGCACCCACAGAGCGGGCAUUUCAUGCAGCGGCCCUAGUAGGGGGUUAUAUGGUCCUCUUCGGGGGUUAUAUGCACAAGCAUUCAUUUGUGGAAAAGUGCUUCGAUGAUGGCAUCUACUUGUACCACUUACGCUGCCACAAGUGGGUCUCGUUCAAGCUCGUUGCAGGGGACCUGCUGGGUCAUGGCCACAGUGAUCGGUGUCCUGGUGUGUACUCUCAUGUGAUGGCUCUCCGUCGUGGUCACACACUUCUCGUAUUGGGAGGUUAUAGAGGGGUCAUGUCCUCUGACCUCUGGGCUUUUUUACUGCCAACAACCAUUACACAUGCUUACUCAGAUUCAGCCUCUGGAGCCUGUAUUCGCCAUAGAUUUGAAACUGCCUGCCAGGCUAACCCUGCUUGUGCUUGGUGUGGUGGCUCUGGUGUCUGUCUGGACCGUAGAAAAGUGAAGGACUGUCGAUCUGGUAAUUUUCGGCCGGGUAGCUGCCCUGGCUUAUGUAAAGCCCUGGGUGAUUGUCAAAGCUGUAUGAUCUGGGGUGGCCAUACCAGCAUGCCUGUGGGAAGCAAUGAUCUCCGGGGUUUCUCUGCAAAGGCUUCUUUCCCACAAGCGUGCGGGUGGUGUGUUCAAGCAUCAGCCUGCCAUCCUCUUCAUGAGCCUCCUGGUGUAUGCCGCCCUCCCCUUGAUGGUCACCUCUCAGCAGAGCAAGCAGGCUUUUGGGGUCCACACGGCCGAAUUUUGGCCUCCUUACAUGAAUGCCGAACCCUUGACUUUCGUCCUGGCCUCUUUCUUCUGCAGUAUAGGAAUCCAGUUAACCUUUCUCAGCCAGAUCAGGUUUCGUAUGUGAACAACAGCAGCCAGCAUGUGAUAUUUACCUCCGAGUAUCAAGAUGAACAGGAAGGAGGAGGAGAGCAUGUGGCGCGCUUACUGGGCUUCCUACACCCUCUGGGAGCCCAGCCCUCGUCAGGGGAACCGCUCCGCCUUUUUCUUGACAUCAGUGGAGGACGUGCGGCUCUACGCUUGGGCCAAGCCGGAAACACCCGCCUAGAAGACACAGAACUGGUGGCGCAGCUGAGUGCGCACAGCUACAAUCGAACAGAGGCAAAACGGCCAAGUGGCCAGCCACUCCUGUCAUCAUCAGCAACAGCGCAGGAACUACGUUAUCUUCUUGAUCUCUCUCUGCAUGCACCGGCCAAAUACUGCACCAAACAAUGUGAUCGCACUUUAGAUCUGCGAUGGAAUGCUCUCGCUUCUCAUCAGGUCAUCUCAAGCAAGCAUCUAGAACCAUAUCACAAUGGGACCCAGUGCCCUUCACGUGGCACCUGCCUGGCAUGCCUGAGUGAUGCUGGCUGUGGCUGGUGCCCAUCAGCUUCAACUUGUGUUCCUCGACAGCCAGCCUUGCCCCCUACAACUAAAAGAGCAGCACCAUGUGCCCCGGGGAGUGCACAGCUUUUGGUUUUGGCACCACACCACUGUACCACCUGCUCAGGUUUCAUCUAUUGCCAUGACUGUGUUCAGGAUCCAUUCUGCGAGUGGGUUGUUGAAGGAGCCUUCUGUGUACGCCGGGGUAGCCACAGUUCUGCUGUUAGGCAUCCAGAUAGAUGUCCAACUCCAUGUCACCUGCGAAAGGGGUGCACUUCAUGUCUGGGGGACCCUGGACGGUGUGCAUGGUGUCGAGAGACGCAGAGCUGCUUUCUCUUCUCUACGUACACUACUUCUUUCAUGUAUGGUGGCUGUCGUGAAUGGGUUGAUGAAGACCAUGGAAGCCCCAAAGGAGCGACAUUUCCAGGAGCACAGUGUCCAAAUUGCUCAGCAUUUAAAGAAUGUGCUAGCUGCCUGCAGAAGCUGGGGUGCGGUUGGUGUGGAAAUGACUACAAUCCCAACAAUGGGGUUUGUGUGGAGGGAGAUUUCUCUGGACCUUACCUCGGCACCUGUUCAGAACGCGUACGCAAGCAAUUUCCUUCACUGGGGGGUCCCCGAGAAGCGUCAUGGUCUUACGCCCAGUGCCCCAAUGUGAAUGAGUGCAAGCUCAAGCUGGCACGCUGCCAUCCAGAUGCAACAUGCUAUGACACUUCCCACAGCUAUCGAUGUCAGUGCAACCGAGGCUUCAAAGGCGAUGGUACCAUGGCAUGUGUUAAGACGUGUGCUGAGCAUUGUGCUCAUGGUCACUGUUCGGAGGCCCCUGAUUUUCAGUGCAUCUGCCAUUUGGGCUGGACAGGGCCACGCUGCGACAUCGACUGUGGGUGCCACAAUCACAGUAGUUGUGAGCAGGGAGUGGGGCAUUGUGAUCAGUGCCACAACCUCACCGAGGGAGACCACUGCCACCUGUGCAGGAAAGGGAGCUUCGGGAAUGCUACCAGUCCUUUUGGCUGCCGAAAGUGCGCCUGCAAUGAACAUGGUGAUUCCACACGAGGCAUGUGCAACUCAACAACAGGGGACUGCUACUGCCUGCACAACACCCGUGGGAAACAUUGCGAGUCUUGCCAGCCAGGGUACUUUGGUGAUCCUAGGAAUGGAGGCCGCUGCUUCAUAGACUGCAGUCCCAAGCGUGUUGUGUAUGUGGAGCCAGAUGGAGGAGGUCUGGGUGUUCCAGAAAUGGAAGGUCCAGUGGAGGUCCAUCACUGUCUCUGGAUACUCACCAGCACUCCAGUCAACAGAAGCAAGACUCUCUCCAUGCAACCAGGAGCUACCUUGGAGCUAACACUGCUUCCAAACUUGAGGGUUCCUUGCCCUGAAAAUCAUAUCUACGUGUACUCAGGGGUUCCGCCCUUUGUGCUUUCUGCUGUGCGUGGCAGUGAUGAAAGUGUGCUGCUAGGAGCAUUUUGUGGUACUAACCUGACAGCACCCAUCACCCUGGUUUCACCAACGGGCUGGCUUUCUGUAUACUUUCGGCGUGGACGCCUGCCCCAAGGGUUCAGUGCUAGUUUUCGUCGCCUGGACUGCCCCAAUGCAUGCAUUUUUAAGCCACAGCGCCACUGCAGCCGCAAUGGAGAGUGUGUGUGUAGCCGUGGCUAUGUUGGCAGCCAUUGCCAGGUAGCCAGCUGCCCCAAUGAGUGCUCAGCAAGCCAGCACCAUGGAAUCUGCGAAAAGGGAUACCAGCUGUGCAACUGUGGAGACAAAUAUGGGGGUGCUGACUGUGGCCAUGCUCUGGUGCCAGGGCAAGUGUCAUGGAGCCUCCUUUUCGAAUUGGAACGUCUCACUGGGCAAGUUCAAGGAGCCAGUGCAGGAGGCACCACUGAGCUGCCCCAUUCUCGCCUGGGCCACUCGCUCCUCUCUCUUGAACCCAACCAACUGUGGCUGUUCGGUGGCAUGGACCCUGCACGGGGGGACAGUGACGAAUUAUACGUUUAUGACCUCGACUUUGACCGUUGGAAAAAGCUUAAUGUGUCACGGGACAUGGGCCAAGCUCCGACAGCUCGUCGUUUCCAUGGAGCUGCCAUGGUAGUUGGAAGCAUGUACAUAUUUGGUGGCCUGAAUGCUACUGGUGUACUGGGUGACUUCUGGAAAUUUGCGACAGACUUCUACACAUGGACUCGUGUUCCUACAACUCCAGAUGUGCCAGCCUUAGCUGGCUUGACCCUGACCAACGUGGACAACCAGCAGCUGGUGCUCAUUGGAGGGUUUUCUCCCGAGUAUGGGUUUCAAGACAAAACACUUGCCUACAGCAUUGAUGCCAUGGACUGGCGGGUCCUCAAUACUACAGGCACUGUCCCUAUCGGUGUAUAUGGACAUACCAGCAACUACCAUCAGCCAACGCAGAGCAUCUAUGUGUUUGGAGGCAUUGUUUACUCAAUAGAUCGACCACUGGUGUCAGACCACCUGUACGUGCUGCACAUGCCUAGCCGCCGCUGGUCUCGCCUGCCACCCGAUGACCGUGCUAACCCAGCAUACUCUAGGGUAUCUCCCCGCUACUUCCAUGCUUCAGCCUCUACUGAAAACUCUUUGCUUAUCCUGGGUGGCCGCAAUGGUUCUGGAGAGGCAAUCUUGGAGCCAUUUGCUUAUGACUUCAGCUGCAAUCAUUGGAUUCCACUUGAUGGGCCUUAUGUGCAGUUAGUUGGUGAGCAGCCAGCAUCACUAGUGGGUGCCUCAGCAACCCUCCUCCAAGGGAAGCUGUACAUACUGGGUGGUACAUCUGUACGACUGCAGCGCGUGACCCUUCCCCAGGAUUUGUGUGCCCUUUUCUCGCAUAGCCGACUUGGGUGUCUGCGCUCUGUAGGCUGCUCGUACUGUGCUGUUCAAGAUGCCCAGGGAGUCAUCACACAUUGCUACUCUAGUGCCAGGGCAGUUCCACCAAGCUGUAUCCAUCAUCGAGGAGGGACAUUGGAGGUGGCUCAAGGCAAAGUCUGUGAUGCAGAUUGGCUUGGGAACCGUACCUGUUACCAGUACAACAACUGUGAGGAUUGCUUGGCCGCAUGGCCAGCACAUCCCAGCGUACAGCAUACGUGCCACUGGUGCCUAGGUUGCCGUAAGGGACGCUGCUUCAGGGCAGGGGAGUCGUCAUGCGAGAAGCCCAUUGGCUGUGAUGGGCCCAGACAUCCACUUGUUUCAGACCCUGCUCAGUGUCCACUUCGUUCUUGCCUUGCCUCAGAGUGUGAAAAAUGCCGUGACCUUGGGUCUUGUAUGUGGACGAGACAAGUGGUCCGUUCAAGUGAACUUGGCCACACUGUGAACGUUCGUCCAAUCUUUGACUGGACCUGUGUGGGGAAAACAUUGAAAGAUGCGUCGAGUUUCCCCGUGGAGUCGAACCCUCCUCGGCCCUGCCCAAAGCGCUGCAGCCAGCACACUUCUUGUGGUGAUUGCCUUGCUAGUGCAGGAGGUGAAGGUGGUUGGCACGAGUGCCGCUGGAGCUCGGCCUUGUCUGAAUGCAUGACCCCCAGCUAUGUGGGCCUGCGAUGUGAAGGAGGACCUUGUGGACAGGUUCUCAGUGGAUCUGUGGAAGCAUGUGGAGUGCCCUGCCACGUUCAUAGCCAAGCAGCCCAUUGUUUGCGUGACCCACGAUGUGGCUGGUGUGGUCUGCAUGCCCCAGGUGCCAAUGGAAGGGGCCUCUGUAUGCGUGGAGGGCACAGGGGCCCCACAGGUGGAUCUUGUGGGCCAGCUUCCGUCUUCUUGCAUGGUCAUCCUUUGCCUGCCAAUGUGUCCUACUGGCUUCAAACACUUGGGAGUGAAGUGUACUGGUACUACUUUGUGCGGCCCCCUGAAAAUGAGUGCACCAACGGACACCACACCUGCGAUGCUGAGAGGGAGGAGUGCGUCGACACACCCGAUGGCUUUGAGUGCGUCUGUAAGCAAGGCUAUGCCAUCAGCAGCAACAGCAGCAGUACUGGAACUGGUGGUACUAGCAAUGGGAACCCGAUGUGUGAGCCUGUCUGUCCCGAAGGAUGUGAUCAGGGCCAGUGUGUGCGACCAAAUGAGUGCAAGUGCAACUUUGGUUACGUUGGGCUCAACUGCUCCAUACUCUGCCACUGCAAUGGUCACAGCGAUUGUGCCGGCCCUGACCACUUGGAUGUUUGCACAAAGUGCCACAACCACACGAAGGGCCCUCAGUGUAGCCACUGUGAGCCUUUCUACGUGGGUAACCCUGCCAAGGGAGGCCGCUGUGUGCCAUGCCUUGAAUACUGCAACCAGCAUACAAAUAUCUGUGUCGAGGCCGGACAAUUGGAUUUCAACGAGUCUGCUGGCAACCUUUCACCUGCUGAAUUCCUGGAGUCUUUCAAGCAGAUUGAGCAUGGUCCACUGGAGUUAGCUGAAUGCCGUUUCUGCCAAAACAACACGAUGGGCACUCAGUGCGAGGAAUGUGUUGAAGGCUACUUUGUCGUUGGCAAGGACAUUGCUCGCGGCUGUCGACCGUGCGAGUGCCAUGGCCAUGGUGACAUCUGUGACCGGCGUACAGGGGAGAACUGCAACUGCAGGAACAACACAGAAAAUGAUCGCCAGUGUAGCCAGAAGAGUGGCAAAAACAGUGCCAUACCUUGCUGGAACCUUCAGUGCUCCAAGUGCAAGGAGAAUUUUCAGGGUGUUCCUACCAAUGGGCACCAAUGCUAUCGUCACAUGCGUCUUGAGCAGGACUACUGUUUGGAUCCAGAGACGCAGGAGUGCAGUCCUGACCCAAAUCUGCUGCCUCAGGGUCGCACCAUGUUUUUUGUUGUUCAGCCUCGCUACAUGAACGUGGACAUUCGUGUCAUCAUGGACAUCACCUCAGGGGCAGCUGAUUUGUAUCUAUCAGCUAAAGAAGACACUUUUGUCGUUGAGGUCAAUCACACGACUGGUGCACAUGUAGUAUCAGUUGAUCGGAAGUAUGGUGUCGGCUUAACUGGAGACUUGACUGCAAACACAUCAUUUCCAGCGGCAGCUGCCCUCCGUAAUGCUACUGACGCUCCUUGGCUUCUGCAACCUCGCCAUGCCACUCCAUCAGGACUAGCCACCUACGUCACUGUGAGGGACCCACGGGAAUUCCUAUUGGUUCGCAAUCUUCAGCACCGUCUUGUUGUAACUGUGCCUCAGAAUGUGUACGACUUAAGAAGCACAAGGCUCUACCUAGUUAUCUCGGGUGCAAGUGAAGUACCUACACGUGGAAGUCUUUUUUUUCGUCAGGACCAGACACGCAUCGAUCUUUUUGUUUUCUUUUCUGUAUUCUUCUCCUGCUUCUUUCUAUUCCUGGCAGCCUGUGUUGUGGUGUGGAAGGUGAAGCGGGCUUUUGACAUUCGCCGAGCUCGCCGUUUGCAUGCGGCACAAAUGGAGCACAUGGCACGGCGGCCAUUUGCGAAGGUGUGCCUGUCCAUUCUGGACGAAGAGGAAAGUGGCGAAAGCUUUCGGUCACCAUUACGUAAAAAACCUCAACGUCGCGCCCUCAGGGAUUCGCCUAAGAGUGUACCAGUGCCUUGUGGAUCAGUACGGCCAGUUGCCGUGGAGCCCACUGGCGAUGGUGCAGCUGCAGUGACUACAUUAUUGGUGCAACUUCCCGGGGGCUUGAGUGCACCAGUACGGCUUGCGCUUGCCUCUGCAUUAGUGGCUGUGCGUUCUAGUAGCGGAGGUGCAGCAGGUGGCAUCCGGGCGGCCAUGAGACGAAGAACAAGCCACAUAAACUUGUGAUAUUGGACAUACUGUUAUGUUUUUUUUAUUAGGGAACUGUUCUGAACUCAUCUGGCUGGAUAGUAGUGGUGCAGUUAGUGCUGGCAAUGUUGCAGCCAGAACUUUAAAUUCAACCCAAGUGUGCACUGUGGCUGUUGUGACUAGUGCCAGCUCUUUCACAUACCUGCUUUGUCUUUAAAGAGACCAUCAAGGGACAUCUUUCUACAGAGUGGUGUUUAAAAAGAUGAUCCUAGAUCUUGAGCGACACUUUUGGGCCUAGACUGCCAGCAGGUAAUUUCUGCGUUGUAUAUUUGCCCCAACUGCAGGAUGAAGUCAUAGAAUGGCACUGCGCUACCAAAUGCACACCUACAAGGCAACCACUCAACAUUUGCAAUGUUCCUGUACACCAAAUACAGAGACGUAACAUAUUAUUUCCCAUUCUGUAUAAACAUGACUUGGUAUUGCUGCAAAUCUUAAAUCUUACUCAGUUCACCAAUGACACCAGAAGUCAUAACAGCAGUGCCUGAGCUGCAGUCUUGUGCUUGGACCUCAAGUAUAAGAAGUCAUGUGCUCAUUUUCUUUGCCAUAUCUUAGUUAUAUCUUAUAGUUGCUUCAUGCACAUUCAGGCCACAAUACACUAUACAGUUAAACCUGAAUAUAACGAAAUUGAUGAAUUCCCCGGAAAAAUGUGUUAUAAAGAGGGUUUUGUUAUAUGCAGGUUCGGUACAAAAAUUUGGAAAAUAAACGCUCACUUAAAAGAAAAGGGGGACUGAAGGCAGAGCUAACCCAAAACACUUAAGCGGGUUUCAGCCGUCAUCGCCAUAUUUCUUAA